CGUCUAUGACGGUAUGAUUGUGACGUCACAAUGCAUUUCCUGUAUCCAACUAAACAAAACAAAGCUAAGCAGCUAGAAGAAAUGGAGAGUAAUAGAAUGACGUAUCAGUUGAAUCCUGACUACUUUAUCAUGGAGUCUGAUGACAAAAUUAAAAUGCGGGAAUUUGUACCACAUAGAAAGGUACAGAAAACCAUCAGAAAUAUCUGCGACAUCACAAAACAAAACGCAGAUACUAAUGACUUUUUGCCAGACUGGGUAACAGAAGAAUAUUUGUCAUCUCUCCAUGAAAGUAAAGAAACAAAGAAUUGUGGCGCCUUGAGAUUAGAGUCAGACCACAUCAAGAAUUACGUCCAAGGCAUCAUUGAGCAUGCCCGGAACAUACUACACGAGGAAGAGGCAACUUUGAAAAGCCAGAAUUCCAAACUUGGCAUUGGAGACAUACCCGUUAUCGAUGAUUGUAUCAAACAACACAGAGACAAAAUGGCUGCGGUUCAUGAAGAACUGCUGAUUACAGUAAAUAGCAAGACAGACGUGGAAGGAAAGGAGAAAUGUGAGGAAAUCACGAAGAAAGAACUCACUGACGAAGAUCAUGGAGUAUUACAGAGUAUGCAGUCUGCUCUAAGUCUGGAAGAUAGGGACGAUUUCUUUAUUCCUAGGCAACUAUUCUUUUUCAAGAUUGAAACGUUCAAACCAAGUCCACAGAGUGAGUGUCCAAUCACAGAGGCAGACUCUGAUGUCAGAGAGCCCAGACCUUCACAAGAUUCCACUGUGGAUGAAACGGUCACUCGUUGUAAAGGAAGCCGCUGUUGGAGGAAAAGGAUUCUCAGAUUCUUUGGUUAUAAGUAGAGUUGAGACCAGACAAUGCGAUGUUGUAAUCUAAAUACACAUCAAAGAAACUUUAUCGAAAAUAACGAGAGGACUAAUUGAAGAUACUCUUAUUUUUAAAUCCAUAUUAAAAUUGUUGACAAU